UUAUAAUAUUUAUGAAGAUUGAACAACUUGGUGGCGAAUUCAAAGUAAGGAAAUAAGAAUAUCCAUCGAAAAUUGAGCGUAAAAAGCGUAAUGUCAGGGUUUAAGCAUUCAAUUAAAGUGCCUUCUAAGUAUAAAAAGGUAGCAGCCAUUCUUAAAACCGCUUUUGAAAGCAAAAAAUCUUUGAAAAGUUUAAUUUUUGAACAAAAAAAACACGUGAAAUUACGUGAUAUGCAGGCGUUGCUUACGCACUAUACCGAUAACCAAAGAGCCAUUGAUGCUGCUAUAGAGAAGUGUCAGAUUCUGGAAGAAAAUCCUCGAUUAUCUCGUGAAUUAUGUAUAACGUUGGUUACUGAACUAAUAUAUCAUCGUAAGGAUUUGAAGGGAGACAGUAAACCUGUGCAAACAGUCCGAGCGUACCGUAAACGUAUAAUGAAGGCUUUGGGCGAUGAAAAUUUGGCCAAGAAGAAAGAUACUAAACCACGUUAUGUACGCAUCAACACAAAUAUAGUUAGCAUUGCAGAUGCUCAUGCCAUGCUAGCUGAGAAUUGGUACAAAAAAGACUGCCCGCCAUUUGAGAACUAUGAUGAAUUCUUAAAAGCAGUAGAAACUUUAGAAGAAAAUGAAUAUAUGGUCGAUAUGCACGUAGACGAUUUGUUAAUAUUUCAUAACAAACAAAAAUAUUUUUGGGCCACUCACGAGUAUACUGAAAGUAAGAAAUUUAUGUUACAAGAUAAGGCUACUUGUCUCGCAGCGAAGAUUUUGAAUCCACCUAUCGGCUCAAUUAUAUUGGACAUGUGUGCUGCUCCCGGCAUGAAAACUAUACAUCUUAGUAAUCUUGUCAAAAAUCAAGGCACCAUUUAUGCGAUUGAGAAAGAUGCCGAACGUUACCGUCUACUCCGCAGCAUGACAAAAAAGGUGAAAUGUAAAAAUAUAAAACCGAUAGAAGCCGAUGUUCUCACGAUUACUCCUGAAGAAUGCCCCGACGUUGAAUACAUUCUUCUCGAUCCACCUUGUUCCGGUUCGGGUAUGCAGAAUCGUAUGUGUCUGAACUCCGAAGUUGAUGAUGCACAACGUCUACAGAAAUUAGGUGGCUUGCAAAUUAAGUUGCUUAGCCAUGCCAUGAAUUUUCCUCAUGUUAAGCGCAUUGUUUACUCUACUUGUUCCAUUCAUAAAGAAGAGAACGAGGAUGUGGUAAAAAAAUGCUUAUAUUUAAAUCCCACUUUCAAAUUACUGAGUGCUAAAAAGGCACUACGCAACAAAUGGUGCAAUCUUGGCGACCGACAGUACGACUUUGGCAAAAAGUGCUUAUAUAGUCGACCCGAAAAGGAUUUAACUAUUGGUAUGUUUAUAGCGAUAUUUGAGAAACUUUCAAAUUCAGAGGAAGUUGCGUAAAACUUUCGUAUCGAUGCUUUUUAACUUUGCCCUUUUCCGACAACAUAAGAUUUUUGGGAAUCGAUGUAACCUCACCUUAGUCGUAAAGGGAAUGAUGAGUAAACGAUUAGAGUAUAAAAACAACUGCAGACUAUAUCUAAUAACGAUGGAAAUCAGUUAAUGAUAUACAUAAUAUCAAGUGUUAGGUUUCU